AUGACGAAUCCAACGACUCCUUAUAAUGCCCCUACACGCAAUGCAUCAACCCUCAAAGUCAAGGAUCUGCUAUGCCAAACAAUAAACGAGUGGGACUUGAAAGCGAUCAGAAAACACUUACCUCAGUAUGAGGGCCAAAUUCGUCAGCUCAUCACCGGAAGAUCAAUGCCCUUAGACAGACUUGUCUGGCAACCAGAAAAAUCAGGCGACUAUACAGUGAAAUUAGGAUGCUGCUCUACCAAACUCCUUCGCGAAACAGAUAUCCCAAAAAUCAAAGCGAUCAACAACGCUCCCACCUGUGGAAAUGACUUCGACACCGCUAUAUCCAUGGUUGCUCUGGAGCAUUUGGAUCGCCAGGAAUCAGCUGAUUUUCAAGGACCUCUCACAAUCACCGGAAAACAUAAUCUCAAAAGCUAUCAAGCAGGCUAA